GAGCAGAUCUCCUUGGAAACGACUUGUUUGCAAACGACUUCAACAAAACCCUGGUUUCUGCUGUUCAUGUGUCUGAAAAUGGAGGAGUUUGAGUUUGUUAACUACGAUGCUCCUCGAUUACGGUUUGAACUUGACCAAGAGAAGCAGAUGAAGGAAAUGCUAGAAGACUCAGUUUCUGAACUUAGCACUACCGUGAUGAACUUGGAGAAGAGACUGGCCUGUGUAGAAGACGAAGGAAAUGAGUGGAAAACCAGACAUGACACGCAGCAAGAGCUAAACAGGCAGCUCGAAAGGCAAAUUGCUCUUCUGCAAGAGAAGCUGGAAGAGAUACGGGCUAAUCCUGUCGACAGGUUUUCCUCCAUACGAACAUACGAUGAGAUGCCCUUGGGCGCACUGAAACAGCUGCUUAAGCAAUUAGAAAAUGACAAGAAGAGCCUCCAGAGCCAGCUUAAGGAUUACAUGCUUCGAACAGAGCAGGAAGCAAAGGCUUAUCAUAAGGCAAAUGAUGAGAGACGCACAUACCUUGCAGAAAUUUCACAGAGGCAGCUACAACUUGCUGAGCACAAACAAAGAUUCCGAGAGAGGACCCAUAAGGAAGACGGCCACCAUAAGUCGACUACCAAAGAUAAAACGCUGAUUAAAAAAAAACAGUUCUUAUGCACAACAGGACAGGGCAAGUUAGUCAGAUAUGUUAGAAUUAUUUUCUGCAUUUGUAUAAAAGAUGUAUUUCUUUACGCUGUUAUUUCCUUAAUGAAGAGACUAUAUUUUUUUCUCUGAUUCAUUAACAUCAUUGGGUUGUAGUAAUCAUAAUUACCCAUCUUUUUUUUUUCUUUUUGUUACCACAUCUACAAUGUUUGUAUUGCAUAGAGAAGAUUGAGGGAUUUAGUGUCUGUCCUCUUAGGCACUUUCAGGCAUCUUUUUUGACACUGCAACCAUGUCACAGGAGAGAGCAGACUGACGCAGCUCUCACUAUUAACAUUGGAAACUGCAGAUGUCCGGAAAGUCACAGGGGUCACUGUCGCAGUGCUAACUCAUGGGACACUGGCUGACUCAAACCCACCCAAGCCUGUUGGCACUUUUUCAGUUGAGGGCCUCCAAUUUCAGAACUUCAGUGAUGACAACCAAGUCCACAAGCAGUAGCAUUAGCUGUAAGUGGAUGUCUGUGUUGAAAACUCAAACAGCCUCCCCCCUCUGUGAAGCAUACACUAGAUAGUGGAUAAUUCACAAAUUAACUUAUUGACUUAAAUAUGUAUAUAUGAAUUGAAACAAAACGUUUUAUUUGUGUAUGUUUUAAG